GAAUUUCAGUUUAAGAUCAUCUACAGAGCUGGAAAAAAUCAACAACACGUGGAUAUCUUCACGCGUGACGUCGAGUUUGGUAAGUUAGACGAAGAUAUUGACGCUAGGUGGGUCCUAACAUCCCAGACGGACGUUCAACCGUCAAUGUUGACCCUCAAUGAGACGUUCCCCACGCCUGAAGACGUCGCUAACGCAUUCGAACAAGAACCUGAGCCACCUUUCUCGUAUACACUUCAAAAUGGUCUACCAAUCGUGCGAAAUCGCGUGUAUGUUCCUGAGGUGCUCCGACGACGGGUUCUAUUCUACUUUCAUUUCUCGCGAGUUGGAGCCCACCAAGGUGUUCAAAGGUCCUACCAUCGAUUGUCUAAAUACUUCUGGUGGAUUAACAUGAUGAAUGAUGUUCGGCAGUUUGCGAAACACUGCCCGACAUGCAUUCGACGAAGGCAUACGGCGAUAGACUUCGUGCGAGGUAAUCUACUCUCGACUGGUAUGUUCGAAGUGGUCGCGUGUGAUACAGUCGGCCCUAUCUGGUUUCGGGAACAACAGUUCUACAUAUUCACUUGCAUCGACCAUUUCAGUAAGUUCGCCAUUGCGAUCCCUCUCCGCACAGUCCGUGCAGUCGAUCUAUGGGAAGCCUUCUACUGCAACUGGGUCGCCGUUCUCGGUGCUCCCCGGAAUCUGUUGAGCGACAGUGCAUUUCGCGGAAGAGUUUAG